GUAAACAAAAUACUAAUCAUUGACUGAAUGAGUGAUUAAAAGCAGUCAUUCAUAUGAUAAUGGAUUCACACUUAAAACAAUUGUUUUCAUUAAUUAAUGUCUUUUUAAUCGUAAUAUUCAUAUCAUUUGAUUGUGUGCUCAACAAGACUACAGACACCGACAGCCACACCGCCGAUGACCACAAGACAAUCGCUAUCAUCGGCUGCGGAGUCGGUGGCAGUUCUUCGGCUUAUUUCCUGAACCAGUUGUCCAAAACGGAUCCAUCGAUCGCCGGAUUAUCUGUGGAUCUGUACGACAAGUCCGGCGAAAUC